AUGGCAGACAAUAACGAUAUGGGACCGCCACCCUCUCGCGGCCCAAAAGCCGACACACCCAUGCCAUCCGCGAUGAAGAAACCCAACCCUCGGUUUGCGGUGAACCUUACCGACAAGGUCGGCAAUGAUACAACCUUGCCUCCACCAAAGGUUAACAAGUACAAUCGAAAAGCAAAAACUGGGGGAGAAGGAAAAUUGACCAAAUCAGUAGGCCGUCUGGGUUUGAUGCAAUGGAACAAGCUGCUGGCCAACACGGACGAUCUGGCACAACGCAAGGGGGCACCGCUGAGAAGGGGGAUUCCAGUGUCAGAAGUCAAAAAGCACAACAAGGUACACGAUGCCUGGAUGAUUCUGAGAGGCAAAGUAUACAAUAUUGGACCCUAUCUGGCGUAUCACCCCGGAGGCAUUGACAUCAUGAAAUCCGUUCUGGGGAAAGAUGGUACUGCCUUGUUUGAUAAAUACCAUAGAUGGGUCAGUAUUGAUGGAUUAGUAGGACCACUAUUACUUGGUACUGCAGAAAUUAAGACAAUGGAAACUUUGGAUGACGAGGAGGAAGAGGAAUCAGAAUCAGAUGAGAGCGAAGAGGAGGAAACUAUUUGA